AUGUCGCUGCCGAGCAGUCGAACGCCGUUGCACUGGGCGGCUGUGAUUGGUUCAUGUAACAUGGCCGGAAAAACACUACGUCCCCAUAUACCCACCACAUUUGGCGACAAUCGCACGCCUCUGCACUGGGCAGCUGCAAUUGGGUCGUUCAACAUAGUCGAGUUUCUCGUGAGCCAGGAAGUGAACAUCAACUCUUCAGAUCGGUGGGAGACCACACCGCUGGAAGAAGCAAUGAACAAUGGUACGUGUGUGUGUGAGAG